AUGAAGGUGUUUCUAACAAUUCUCGCUUUGGCUGUUGCCUCCGCCUCGGCAUUCGAGUCGGUCGUCCAUCCUAAGGACAUUCCCAAGGUCAACAAGAUCGAAGGCCGUAUCACCAAUGGCUACCCAGCCCCUGAGGGCAAGGCCCCCUAUACCGUUGGACUGGGCUUCAGCGGCGGCUGGUGGUGCGGUGGUUCCAUUAUUGGAAACACCUGGGUCCUGACUGCCGAGCACUGCACGGGUUCUGACGUCACCGUCUACUUCGGUGCCACCUGGCGCACCAACGCCCAGUUCACCCACUGGGUCAGCGGCAAUGACAUCAUCAACCACAACAGCGCUGACAUCGCUCUGAUCCGCAUUCCCCAUGUGGACUUCUGGCACAUGGUUAACAAGGUGGAGCUGCCCAGCUACAACGAUCGCUACAACGACUACAACAAUAACUGGGCCGUUGCUUGCGGCUGGGGUGGUACCUACGAUGGCAGCCCAUUGCCCGACUAUCUUCAGUGCGUCGACCUGCAGAUCAUGCACAACUCCGAGUGCCAGCAGACUUACGGCUCUGGAACUGUUACUGACAACAUCCUCUGUGUGAGAACUCCCGACGGCAAGUCCACCUGCGGUGGUGACUCCGGUGGUCCAUUGGUUACACACGACAGCAACAAACUGGUCGGUGUUACCAACUGGGUUUCUGCUGCCGGUUGCCAAUCUGGACACCCAUCUGGCUUCCAGCGUGUCACCUACCACUUGGACUGGAUUCGUGACCACACUGGCAUUUCUUACUAAUAAGCUACUGCUUCCAAAAUGACCCAAAUAAAGCAUACAUAUAUAAAAUGAA